GAGGGGAUUGAGCGUGGGUAAUUUUCGAGUCAUUAAAAAAAAGGCAACAUCAGGAAUUCAUAAUUAGAAGAGAAACACACCGUGGCAAUCCAAAGGAACGAGCUGUCCAUUCGCUCAACCGCAGGGAUGAUCGUAUGAGGGAGAGGCCAGCAAAGAAUGGCCGUGUGGAUUCCGAGGACCGGAGGAGCCGCCACUGCCCAUACCUGGAUACCAUUAACAGGAGUGUGCUGGAUUUUGACUUUGAGAAACUCUGUUCUAUUUCCCUCUCACAUAUCAAUGCAUAUGCCUGUCUGGUGUGUGGCAAGUACUUCCAGGGCCGAGGUUUGAAGUCUCAUGCCUACAUUCAUAGUGUCCAGUUUAGCCAUCAUGUCUUCCUCAACCUCCACACCCUCAAGUUUUACUGCCUUCCAGACAACUAUGAGAUCAUCGAUUCCUCGCUGGAGGAUAUCACGUACGUGUUGAAGCCCACUUUCACAAAGCAGCAGAUUGGAAACUUGGACAAGCAAGCUAAAUUGUCACGAGCAUAUGAUGGUACUACUUACCUGCCAGGUAUCGUGGGACUGAAUAACAUAAAGGCCAAUGACUAUGCCAACGCUGUCCUUCAGGCUCUGUCUAAUGUUCCUCCUCUCCGGAACUACUUCUUGGAAGAAGACAAUUAUAAGAACAUCAAGCGUCCCCCAGGGGAUAUCAUGUUUUUGUUGGUCCAGCGUUUUGGAGAGCUGAUGAGAAAACUCUGGAACCCUCGAAAUUUCAAGGCACAUGUCUCUCCCCAUGAGAUGCUUCAGGCUGUUGUCCUUUGCAGCAAGAAGACUUUUCAGAUCACCAAACAAGGGGAUGGAGUCGACUUUCUCUCUUGGUUUCUGAAUGCUCUGCACUCAGCUCUGGGGGGCACAAAGAAGAAGAAAAAGACUAUUGUGACCGAUGUUUUUCAGGGGUCCAUGAGGAUCUUCACUAAAAAGCUUCCCCAUCCUGAUCUGCCAGCGGAAGAAAAAGAACAGUUGCUCCAUAAUGAUGAGUACCAGGAGACGAUGGUGGAGUCCACUUUCAUGUACCUGACGCUGGACCUCCCUACCGCCCCCCUCUACAAGGAUGAGAAGGAGCAGCUCAUUAUCCCCCAGGUGCCGCUCUUCAACAUCCUGGCCAAGUUCAAUGGCAUCACUGAGAAGGAAUAUAAGACUUACAAGGAGAACUUUCUGAAGCGCUUCCAACUCACAAAGCUGCCUCCAUAUCUAAUCUUUUGUAUUAAGAGAUUCACUAAGAACAACUUCUUCGUAGAGAAGAAUCCGACUAUCGUCAACUUCCCUAUUACAAACGUGGAUCUGAGGGAAUACUUGUCUGAAGAAGUACAAGCAGUACACAAGAACACCACUUAUGACCUCAUUGCAAACAUCGUACACGAUGGCAAGCCUUCUGAGGGCUCCUACCGGAUCCAUGUGCUUCAUCACGGGACCGGCAAAUGGUAUGAACUGCAAGACCUUCAGGUGACGGACAUUCUUCCCCAGAUGAUCACACUGUCGGAGGCUUACAUUCAGGGGGACGGAGCAGCCAGCAAGAGUGGCCGCCUCUUCCUACGUGGGGAACAGAAGGGCCUCCCGCCCUGA